UUAAGAAUGCAGGAAUAAAAACCAGACUACAGUCAAUUCCUAGCUUUGCGUCUAUGCUUGGCUAAGCUGUCGGCGAAUGGUUGUCGUGGGGUGAUGCUUCGUCUCCUGAUUCGUCAAUCAUUAAUGCGUCCUCAUCGUCAUAAUGGGACUACUACGCCGCAAGGGAACCCUCAACCAGAUGAUUCCAUUGAAUUCAGCCUUGCGAAAUUCCAUACUGUACGUUGCAUGGCUCUCGGUAGUGAAUCCUGUUUCGACGGUUCCAUUGGCCGAUCACACCAUGGAAACAUUCACAGGAGUGGUGGUGUGAUACCAAACGGAACUCUCACCUCACCAUCAGACAAUCUUAAAAGGGAAGGUAAAACUCAUAUUCCAAGAAAUUUCCUAGCAUUCACAACCACACGUGAACAUUUUGUCAAGACAUAUUCUUCUACAAUCCAAAAACACAAAACAACUUCUCGGUCACCGAAACCACAAGUCUUUUAUUACAUAUGCCAAGAUGAAGAUCCUCGUUGCCUACGACUCUGCCCACGGCUCAACCCAGUCCAUCGCAGAGCGAAUCGAAGAAAGAAUUCGACAAGGAAAUGUUGGCGACACUACCCUCUCCGCAAUCACGAAGACCACCUCGGCCGAAGACUUCGAUGUCCUUAUCAUUGGUUCAGCAAUUCACUUCCAAGGAUGGCUCAAGCAAUCCUCAGAAUUCGUCAAACGCAACCAAGGCUAUCUACACGACAACCUGAAGCCAACAUGGGCUUUCAGCGUCGGCAUGCCGCCUGACUCCGGCGUCGCUGGCGAGGAAAAGGUGAUGGAGAAGUGGUUGAGAAAAUACGUUACUUUGAGGGGGCAUAAGUUGUUCCAGGGGGAAUACAAAGAGAAGGACUUGAAUGGUUGCUUUAAGUUCUUGUUGGUGAGGUGCUUUGGGCAAAAGUUUGAGGAUAAGAGAAAGUGGGAUCAGAUUGACGAGUGGGCGGAUUCUAUUGUGCAAAAGUUGAGGGUUGAUCUGCAGACUCAAGCCGGUAACUGAGGGCUGCAACGGUCAAGUUAAUUUGGCUAGGAUCAAUGAUGCGGUAAUGGUUUGAGCGUCGGUUGGUGGCUCUGGGAGG